AACAUACAUAUUGAAAUAUUUUCUUAUGUUGCUCAUCAUGGGCUUUUAGAAGAAGCUAAACAUAACUCAUCAAACGCUGAACCUUCCAGAAUUAUUACAAUUAAGACAUCUGUUUGUGGUACUGGUUGGAAAGCCAAAUACAUACCUUCUCUACAAGAAUUAGUUCAUACUGUGAACGUUAUAGUCUCACAUACAUAUGCUUUCUCUAAAUAUAUUUACCUGAAAGAACUCGAAAAGAAUAAUGUACUUCGUUUGCAAGAAUAUGUUACCAAAGAUUUCUUUCGCGAAAUCUUUCUGUCAUUGGUUGACAAAGAGUUUAGAGAUAGCCAGGCAUUAAGCAGAUCAAAUCUUUCGGAAAAAGUACGAGUACUGCGAGAAAAAACCUACGUCUACAAGGAUGAUUACUGUGACCAUGCUGCGUACAAGCCCAUCGAGCUAAAGAAUGCACAGCAACUCGCGAUUUACGAAAGUAUAAAAAUACACACAGAUUACAUCAAUAACAUUACUGCAAACUUUGGUAAUCGCCUACACACGUUUAUCAAUAGAAUCACACACAAAAAGGAAAGAAUUGCUCGAUUGACGUACGAGAUGAAAGCCAAGAAUUACUCUGACAAGGUUAUCAAAAAUCUAAUCAAGACAACUCCUACCAAUUUCCUGGACGAUAAAGCAACUGAACAACUACAGGACUUUUUCAAAUCGUAUCCUACAGAUUACCAUUUUGCAAAAGAUUUAAUAUAUUACGACGCGAAAGCAAAUUCUCGUCAGCAUCUAUAUGCAUUCUACACAUUGGCUAAACUAUGUGAAGAGGGCAACUUGAAAACGUUUUCUUGUUUUCCUUUACGAAAAAGCUUCAUUCCUUUUACUUCCAGCAAGUUUGAUCUCUGGGGAGAAAUUGUUUAUUUAAACUGCAAAGUAUUCAAAAAUCAAGGUGCUGGGAAAGCCAUUCAAUUUAAAGGAACAGCUGAAACAGAUGGCGUGAAAGUCUCCGUGAUUAAACAAAACUUUGAAACCUCAAGAAGUUCUACAAGUAAUUGCGGUAAACCUGCCAAUUCCACUGACGAAUUUCGUCGUAUCGAAAAUAUGGCUCAAAACGACUUGAUCAAAACUAGUGGCCAACUACGCUCUCGUCUGCGACAACUGAAUGUCAACGCCCACCAUAUCCUCAACAUCAAUUAUCCCGAUCGCCACCUUGUUGCCCUCUUAAUCCAUAAUGAUUAUGAAGUUGAACUCCAUUCACAAUUAAAGAAAUUUAAGAUUCCCAUACAGGACGAUUACGAUCCUCUAGAUCCCUCGAGUCUUCGUGAUCCCGAUUACGAUGACUGGGACGAAGCGAACAGGACGGCCGCCGCACGUAGCCUGUUUCUGGGUUGUAUCCUUCAUUCUCUCGAUUACCUUAAAGGUCCUGUCAAGGCUCUGUCAAGCAGGCUGUAA